CCAUCCCGACCUCUUCCCCAAAUCCUCAGAUCCGCCCCCUCCUCCGCCUCCACCUCCGUUUCCACCCUCGCGCCGCGCUUCCACAGCCCGAGCCCUCCCCACCUCCGGAUCCAGAUCCGCCGCCACCAACGCCUGCUCCUCCCCCUCCUCCUCCUCCUGCUGCUGCUGCUGCACCACCACCACCACCACCACCUCGAGGACCAGCAGCAGGGGCGGCGGCGGCGGCAUGGGGCGGGACGGCGGUGGCGGCGUCGCCGGCGGCAUGUCCGACUCGGUGCUCCGGAAGGUGCUCCUCUCCUACUUCUACGUCGCGGUGUGGAUCUUCCUCUCCUUCUCCGUCAUCGUCUACAACAAGUACAUCCUCGACCCCAAGAUGUACAACUGGCCCUUCCCCAUCUCGCUCACCAUGGUGCACAUGGGGUUCUGCUCGUCCCUCGCCGUCGUGCUCGUCCGCGUCCUCCGCGUCGUCGACCUCCCCACCUCGCCUUCCAUGACCCCGCAGCUCUACACCUCCUCCGUCGUCCCCAUCGGCGCGCUCUACGCGAUGUCGCUCUGGUUCUCCAACUCCGCCUACAUCUACCUGUCCGUGUCCUUCAUCCAGAUGCUCAAGGCGCUCAUGCCCGUCGCCGUCUACUCCAUCGGCGUCCUCUUCAAGAAGGAGACCUUCAGGUCCUCCUCCAUGCUCAACAUGCUCUCCAUCUCCUUCGGCGUCGCCAUCGCCGCCUACGGCGAGGCGCGCUUCGACGUGCGCGGUGUCGCGCUGCAGCUCGCCGCCGUCGCCUUCGAGGCCACGCGGCUCGUGCUCAUCCAGAUCCUGCUCACGUCCAAGGGCAUCUCGCUCAACCCUAUCACCUCGCUCUACUAUGUCGCGCCGUGCUGCUUCUGCUUCCUCGUCGUGCCCUGGGCCUUCGUCGAGCUGCCUAGGCUGCGCGCCGUCGGCACCUUCCAACCGGAUUUCUUCAUCUUUGGGACCAACUCACUCUGCGCCUUUGCGCUCAACCUUGCCGUCUUCUUGCUAGUCGGCAAGACCUCGGCGCUGACCAUGAACGUCGCGGGAGUAGUCAAGGAUUGGCUGUUGAUUGCAUUCUCGUGGUCCGUGAUCCGGGACACCGUCACCCCCAUCAACCUGUUUGGGUACGGGAUCGCGUUCCUAGGGGUGGGCUACUACAAUCAUGUCAAGCUCCAGGCGCUCAAGGCUAAGGAGGCCCAGAAGAAAGCCGCCCAGGCUGAUGAGGAGGCUGGGUCGCUCUUGCAGGAGCGCGAUGGGCACGGUGAUCGCAAGAGUGACAAUCAGGCUUAGAGUGCCAGAUCCGAUCCUGGCUUCCCAUAUUGGGGAACUGAUGGAAGGUGCAAAGACUGGAGUUUGGUCUACGGUUGCUUUCAAGGAGGUGUAUGCCGAUUUCUUGUGCUCCUUUAACUUUGGGUCCGAAGAGCAAAUCAGAAGUAUUUAUGGGUUAGGAAAUAUGCACCUGCUUUCUGGAGAGCUUUGCCCUGUUAUUUAUUUAGACACUUUUGUUCUACAGAUAGGCAGCCUUGCCUUACUACCUCUCUUGUCCAUUGCCUACAUUUAUUUGUUCUCCUACUAGUAGAUUAGGGACUAAAGAUGUACUGCUGCAGAUUGUUAAUUUGGUCGUUAUUUUCGAUAUAUAAUGAGCUUACUGUAAUGUACGAGUUGAGUUGAGUCUCU